GUGUCGAAAGUGCGAAUGCUGCCUAACAUUGAGCGCUAGGUUUUAUUUGGAAUCUGCUGCUUCGUAUGUUUAAUAGAUUUAUGCACACUGCUGAAAAAGCUUUAAUGCUAAUAUGGCAUCCACUAAAGCUUCAAAAGAGCAGAAAUACGACAGGCAGCUGAGAUUAUGGGGAGACCAUGGUCAGGAGGCUUUGGAAAAUGCUCAUGUUUGUCUCAUAAAUGCCACAGCCACAGGGACAGAGAUACUAAAAAACCUGGUUCUUCCUGGCAUUGGAGCGUUCACAAUAGUGGAUGGACAUACUGUUACUGGGGAAGAUAUUGGAAAUAACUUUUUCUUGAGUAUAAAUCACAUUGGGAAGAACAGAGCACAUGCUGCCACUGAGCUGCUUCAGGAACUCAACAGUGAUGUUUCAGGAAACUUUGUUGAAGAGAGUCCUGAGAAACUCUUGGAAAACAAUCCUGAAUUUUUCCACAGAUUUACUGUUGUCAUUGGUGUCCAUUUACCAGAAACCACAUGCUUGCGACUCGGCUCUGUUCUUUGGAGUGCCUCUGUGCCUUUUCUCAUCUGUAAAACAUACGGGCUCAUUGGCUACAUGAGACUAGUGGUAGAGGAGCACACAGUGAUUGAAUCACACCCAGAUAAUGCUUUGGAGGAUCUACGGUUAGAUCAGCCUUUUGAUCAACUGAGAAAUCAUGUUGCUUCUUAUGACCUGGAAAGCAUGGACAAAAAGGAUCAUAGUCACACGCCGUGGGUUGUUAUUGUCAGUAAAUAUCUAGAAAAAUGGCUCAGUGAGCAUGAUGGUCAGUUACCAAAAACGUAUCGUGAGAAAGAGGCCUUCAGACAGUGUGUACGAGAAGGUAUCAGGGAAAAUGAGAAUGGUGUCCCAGUGGAUGAAGAAAACUUUGAUGAAGCUAUAAAAAAUGUCAAUACUGCUUUAAAUCCGACUAAGAUUCCAACUGCUGUCCAGGAUCUUUUCAACAGUGAACAAUGCAACCACAUCAACAAUCAGUCCUCCCCUUUUUGGGUGAUGCUGCGUGCUGUCAAAGAGUUUGUUCAAAAUGAAGGCAAUGGUAAUUUACCUGUCCGAGGCACAAUACCAGAUAUGAUUGCAGACUCGCAGAAAUUUAUUAACCUACAAAACAUUUAUAGGCAAAAGGCUAUGCAAGAUGCAGCAGCUGUUUCAAAACAUGUGGAGAGUUUAAUUCAAUCCGUUGGACUGGCACCUGAAAGCAUAUCUGAUAAGGACAUCAAACUCUUCUGCAAACACGCGUCCUUUUUGAGGGUGGUUCGCUGCAGGUCCCUGGCUGAAGAAUACAGUGUGGAUUCACAAAAUAAAAAUGAAAUAACAUCAGCCAUGGACAGUCCAGACAGUGAGAUGGUUUUCUACCUCAUGCUGCGUGCUGUGGAUCGUUUCUUUCAGCAGCAUUCACGCUACCCAGGAGUCUAUAACUACCAAGUGGAGGAGGACAUCAGCAAACUGAAGCUGUGUGUGACUGGGCUUCUACAGGAAUACAACCUCAGCAUCAAUAUCAAGGAUGAUUAUGUCCAUGAAUUUUGUCGUUACGGUGCCACAGAACCACACACAGUUGCUGCAUUCAUGGGAGGAGCUGCUGCUCAAGAGGCCAUCAAACUCAUUACCCACCAGUUUGUGCCCUUUAGCAACACUUACAUCUACAACGCCAUGUCGCAGACCUCUGCCACCCUGCAGCUCUGAACAGUGAGGUAUCAGUCUCCAGCUGUUCAUUACUGUAACUUACUCACAGUGACUAUCAGCACUAGGAUGGAGCGUGGAUUGUAUUUUUGAUCUUUUGUUACGCUCAGUAUUUGUGCACUUAAUUGUAAAGAUCAAUGGUCAUAAAUCAACAUGUGUUUUGUCAGUAAUCUGAAUCUAAACAGGCUAAACUAUGCUGUAGUAUUUUUAAUUGUCCCUGUCCAAUACGUUACAGUCUGUAGCACUUAAUACAAAAGUACUCUCUUGGUUUGUAAAGGCGGGAAUUAUCUUGAUUUUUUUUUUUUUAUUAUUACAAUAAAUAAGACACUAUUGUAAGAACAUCUUCUCUUAAUGUUAACACAUGAUGCUGUUGUAUGUCUCAUCAAAGAUUUGGAAUAAGAUGCUUCUUCUUAGGCAGCAUCUGACAGGCUUUGAGGAAGGAUAUGUGAUUUGAUAAGUGAAACAAGGUUUACACAGUUAUCUUGUCUAAAUAAAUGUUACAUGACAAGCAUGUGAGCUUCUUGGGAGGCCUGCAAUGUGACUUAUCCUCUGGCUGUUUUCAGGUUAGCACCAGGGCCCUCACUUUGGACAUGUUUGUUUCUUCAACAUUAGGGGGCACUAUGCUUCAUAAUUUGGAGCUAGAACAUUUUCUCAGAUAAGAAUGGUAAACAUAUAGGGAACUUUCUCAGUAAGAUGCAACAACAAAUUAAAAGCAUAUCUCUGUUAAUAUAAUAUAGGAAAACAGAGCAGGCUUUGUCAUGCCAUUAUUUUGUUUUGAAUAUGAUCUGAGCAGAUUUCACAUAUUCUUGACAGUUACUCAUGUUUGUGUGGAUAUGGGAACAUAAAUGGUUCCCUAGAACAGCGCUGACAAUUGGGGAAAUCAUUGUGUCAUCUGUUAAAAUUAUUGCUGGGCAUUUUCCAACUGCUUGAAAUUCCAACG